AUGCAGAAAGCAGUGCCAACGACAGAGUAUGCGAAUGAGAUACGUAACGAGCCAAUUGAACACCGAUUCAAUCCUUAUUCCGAUAAUGGUGGUACAAUUCUAGGUAUUGCUGGGGAAGACUUUGCGGUUUUGGCAGGUGAUACAAGACAGACCACCGGGUACAGCAUCAAUUCGCGUUAUGAGCCUAAGGUGUUCAGUGUUGGAGACAACUUGCUUCUCUCGGCGAACGGCUUUGCCGGUGAUGCGACACAGUUGGUGAAGGUUUUCGAGAACAGGCUGAAGUGGUACCAUUUCAAUCACAACAAGAAGCUUGAAACCGCAAGUGCCGCCAGAUUAAUACAGCAUAUGCUCUACGGCAAGAGAUUUUUCCCGUACUACGUGCACACAAUCAUUGCAGGCCUCGACAAGGACGGGAAGGGCGAGAUCUACUCGUUUGAUCCCGUUGGAUCGUACGAGCGUGAGCAGUGUCGGGCGGGGGGUGCCGCUGCGUCGUUGAUCAUGCCGUUCUUAGACAACCAGGUGAACUUCAAAAACCAGAUGGACCCUGCGAGCCACGGCACGAAAAAGAGAGAGGUGAGAUACUUGAAGCUCGAGGAGGUCAUCCAGCUGGUCAGAGACGCCUUCACGGCUGCCACCGAGAGACACAUUGAGGUGGGUGACGGGCUCGAGAUCUUGAUUGUGACGAAGGAGGGUGUGCGUACCGAGUACUUCCCGCUCAAGAAGGACUGA